GUAUCGUGUUACGUAGGCGAGGGGGAGAAGGAAGAGGAAGAGAAGGUAGCCGAGCCAGCAGUGCCGUCCCGUUCAUCAUCAUCGCCGCUCGCUCCCCCUUCCCUAUUUACGCUCGCCACUCUGUUCCAGGUGGCUCCUCCUCUCCCUCUCGCUUUCCGGCCUCCCCCCUUCCGUCCUGCGCCUCUGAUCCACUGAUCAGUGGCCUCGCCUCCCCGCCUUCCGCUCUCCCUGAUCCGGCGAUCGGCGGGACGCCCCUCUUCCGGCGCGCAGAUCCGGGGACGACGCAGCCCAUCCGCCGACCGCCACCCCCCGCGCCGGCAGACCGCGAGUCGAUCCAGAUCCGUCCAGUGGAACCAUCUGCUAUCAUUUUGUUUUCUUCAAAGUAAUCCCAGAAAAGUUGCUUCCAGAUGUCUACUGCAAAAGUGCUAGAUCCUGCUUUUCAAGGAGCUGGCCAAAAAGUUGGGACCGAAAUAUGGCGGAUUGAAGAUUUUAAGCCAGUUGCGCUGCCAAAAUCUGAUCAUGGUAAAUUCUACUGUGGAGAUUCAUAUAUAGUUCUGCAGACUAGCUGUACUAAAGGCGGCGCGUAUUUGUAUGAUAUCCACUUCUGGAUUGGGAAAGAUUCAAGUCAAGAUGAAUCUGGGACUGCAGCCAUCAAGACAGUUGAACUUGAUGCCAUCCUUGGAGGUCGUGCAAUCCAACAUAGGGAACUCCAGGGUUAUGAAUCUGACAAAUUCUUGUCAUACUUCAAGCCUUGCAUUAUACCUUUGGAGGGUGGUUUCGCCUCUGGGUUCAAAAAGCCUGAAGAGGAGAAGUUUGAAACACGGCUGUAUAUUUGCAAAGGGAAGAGAGCUAUUCGGGUUAAGCAGGUUCCCUUUGCCCGUUCAUCAUUAAACCAUGAUGAUGUGUUUGUCUUGGAUACUGAAAGUAAGAUAUACCAGUUUAAUGGCGCUAACUCCAAUAUUCAAGAAAGGGCCAAAGCAUUGGAAGUGAUCCAACAUUUAAAGGAGAAGUACCAUGGGGGUGUCUGCGAUGUUGCAAUCGUCGAUGAUGGAAAAUUACAGGCAGAGUCAGACUCUGGUGAAUUCUGGGUCCUUUUUGGAGGUUUUGCACCAAUUGGGAAAAAAACUGUGAGUGAUGAUGAUAUUGUACUUGAAACUACGGCACCAAAGCUCUACAGCAUCAAUGAUGGUCAAUUGAAGCUGGAAGAGACAGCUCUUACAAAAGCUGUGCUUGAAAAUACCAAAUGUUUCUUAGUUGACUGUGGGGCUGAAAUAUAUGUAUGGGUUGGCCGGGUAACACAAAUGGAAGAUAGAAAAUCUGCCACCAAAGCGGUUGAGGAAUUCCUUAUUAAUCAAAAGCGUCCAAAGACAACAAGAGUGACUCAAGUGAUUCAAGGUUAUGAGAGUCAUGCUUUCAAGUCCAAGUUUGAAUCAUGGCCAGUGGGUAAUGCUGCUGGGAGCCCUGGUGCAGAGGAAGGGCGGGGAAAAGUUGCGGCUUUAUUGAAGCAACAAGGCGUUGAUGUAAAGGGAGCUGCAAAAAGCACCACUCCAGUAAAUGAGGAAGUUCCUCCUUUGCUUGAAGGCAGCGGAAAGCUUGAGGUAUGGUGCGUUGAUGGCAAUGCUAAGACGGCCCUUCCAAAAGAGGACAUUGGAAAGUUUUACAGCGGAGACUGUUAUAUCAUUCUCUAUACAUAUCAUUCAGGCGACAAAAAAGAAGAAUACUAUCUCAGUUACUGGAUUGGGAAGGAUAGCUUGGCGGAUGAUCAAGUGAUGGCUUCUCAAUUAGCUAAUACAAUGUGGAAUUCAUUGAAAGGACGGCCUGUUCUGGGUCGUAUAUAUCAAGGGAAGGAGCCACCACAAUUUGUUGCUCUUUUCCAGCCCAUGGUUAUCUUGAAGGGUGGAAUUGGAUCUGGAUACAAGAAGCUCAUAGAAGAAAAGGGUGUGACUGGUGAGACUUAUUCUUCUGAAGGCAUAGCUCUAAUUCGAGUAUCUGGGACAUCACUCCACAACAAUAAGACUCUUCAAGUUGAUGCGGUGGCAACAUCUUUAAGCUCAUCGGAGUGUUUCGUAUUGCAAUCUGGAAAUGCUAUGUUUACAUGGUUUGGCAAUUCUAGCACAUAUGAGCAACAGCAGUGGGCAGCAAAAGUUGCUGAAUUUUUGAAGCCUGGUGUUGCAGUGAAGCAUUGCAAGGAGGGGACAGAGAGUUCUGCUUUCUGGUUUGCUCUUGGUGGAAAACAGAGUUAUACAAACAGAAAUGCUACUCUGGAUAUUAUUGCUAGAGAGCCUCACUUGUAUGCAUUCUCAUUCAAGAAUGGGAGACUGGAGGUUACCGAGAUCUUCAACUUUUCCCAAGAUGAUUUGUUAACUGAAGACAUGAUGAUACUUGACACACAUGGUGAGGUCUUCAUUUGGAUUGGGCAGUGUGUGGAAUCAAAAGAGAAACAGAAGGCAUUUGAUAUUGGCCAGAAAUACAUAGAGCAUGCAAAUUCUAUUGAAGAUCUUUCUCCAUAUGUACCUCUAUAUAAAGUUAUGGAAGGGAAUGAGCCAUGCUUCUUCAAGACGUACUUCUCUUGGGACAACACAAAAUCUGUGGUUCAUGGAAAUUCAUUCCAGAAGAAACUCGCGCUACUUUUUGGACUGCGUUCUGAGGGUGUACCUCGGAGCUCUGGUAAUGGUGGACCCACUCAAAGGGCAUCUGCAUUAGCAGCUCUAUCAUCUGCAUUCAAUCCAUCGUCCCAACAAAAGCUGACUAAUGAGAGGCCUAAAAGCACAGGUGAUGGACCCACUCAACGUGCCUCUGCACUUGCUGCCUUAUCUAAUGCGUUCAAGCCGUCCUCAAAACCCAAAACUCCCACACCACCUCCAUCUCGUUCAGGUCAAGGUUCUCAAAGAGCAGCUGCCGUAGCUGCAUUGUCCUCUGUGCUGACUGCUGAGCAAUCUGGAUCUUCAGAAAAUCUACGAGCCAAGGCUAGCAGCACAGCAGAUAAGACUGAUGUCGACAGGGUUGUAAUAACCCCAUCCGGUGCAUCUUCUCCUCAGUCUGAAGCUGGGGAGUCCUCUGUGUUUCACCAAGAAAAAGAUGCUGCAGUAGAUGGGGCACCAUCUGAGGCUGAUGGAGCAGAGGCCGAGGCCCCAGAGGAAGAAACAACAGAGAAUGUGGGUGAAGCAACAUUUAGCUAUGACCGCUUGAUAUCCAAAUCUACCGAUCCAGUUCGUGGGAUAGAUUACAAACGCAGAGAGGCAUACCUAUCAGAUAGUGAAUUUCAAACUGUUUUUGGCAUGACUAAGGAUGCAUUUUACCAACAGCCAAAUUGGAAGCAAGAACUACAGAAGCGAAAAGCUGAUCUCUUCUGAAGAGAACAAGCCUUGGAUCUAGUGUCUGCUACAAAAUGUGAUCCUCUUGUCGUGAAUGGUCCCGUGGGAGUAAGUCUAUUAUAUAUUGCUGGUCAUUUCAGAGGACAGGCCACCGGUGGCUUUGCUCGGUUGGUUUUUGCAACCAAUUUAUAGGUCAAUUCUUUUAUUUGUACAUGGCCUGAGUUGUGCUGCUUGCAAGGUCCUAAUAUGCUCUAGCUUGCUUUGUGACUGUCCAUAUGUGUAUAUCGUUUUUUUAUCGGUUUGUUACGUAUGGGCAUUUCCUGGUAGGUCAUCAUUGUAUUGUCAUUCAGAUGUAUUGCACACGAAAAUAUUUGCGCUAUCUGUUUGCUGUUAUUGGUUGACAAUUGUUGGGAAUUUGAGCGCUUGGUUGAAUUUA